AUGAAUCCAGACACUCCCUGGAUCGUAUCCUUUAUUCAGCAGACCUUUUCGCAAUAUCCCAGCCAGGCCGUGGAAGACGAUGGCACUCGUCUCAGCUUUAGCAACAAUGGAAAAGUCUACAUAGCAACUGUGCAAGAGUGGGGUGUGGGACCCUCUGAGCAUGGUGCAGUGUUGAAGGAUUCAGAACACCAGAUCGACGCCGUUCUAUCCCGUGGUACACAGUCUUUGUACGAUUCCACUUCGAAUUCACAUCAGAAGGCACCAUGCGAUUUUAAAAACCACCUGAUUAAGCUAUUGGACUUCAAGCUAGUCUUCACCUACAAAUCAACUCCUCCUCAGGCUCAUCUGCUCAUCAACGAAUUCUCUAUCGACAUAGAGAAUGGAAAGUCCAAGAAUGCCGUUCCCAAGAAGAAGCUCCUGAAGAAUCAAGCCGUGAGGUCAUUGAUGGAAUCCAUGCGUCAACGAAUACAAGGCUCGCCGAAGACUACCAAACAUGGGAACUUGAGGGACCAUGCAGUGAGGAACAUCGAACCUACACAGACUCAAACACAGUGCAAGCCUUUGGGUGAAUUUGGAUCGCAGGGAUUUUCUUCGCAAAUGCCAUCCAAUCAGCAUCCCUUUGAACAAUUGGCUCAAGCCCCAGCUACACGCUUGCACAAUACAAAUGAACUGCUUCAGCAGCUAGGACCCACCUCUCCAGGGACCUUGAAUCAGAACACCUCAUUUUCCGUACAGCAACUACAGACGCUUCUCGCUAGCGAUGAUUCAAGGGAGGCACUCAUGAAAUUACUCAACUCAACGGUGGGUACAGAGCAAGUCACCCCUAAACCAACGUCGAACACAGGCGACCGCUCAACUCCAAGCUCUGUAGCCAGACCUCCGAUCAAAAGUCGCUCGCGAGAUUCAAGCUCUGACAACGAAGGCUCCAUUGAUUCCCAGGGGGGAAAGUCUCCAGCUCAAACAAAGCCUGCGCGCCAUGGGGUUCAGUCUCCUACCAAAAAGCGGCGCCGAAGAGCAUCGGAUGACAUAUCUCGGCCGGCUAUUCAUGAAAGCGGAAGUCUCAAGCUUGAGACGGAUAUGUCGCCUCACAAGAGGCAGCGCACUGGUGGUACAACAGAACCAUUAGCAAAAAGUGCUGAAAUCGACAUGACUCAAGCAGAAAUCUCGCCUCCCAAGCCUCAGAGUCCAGUUACAAUGGUCACUACACCGUCGCAAUCACACAAGGUUGUGGCACCUCGACCUAACCCCUGGAAAGGGCUUCAACGUAUCUCGAACCGCGACGUUGUCAUUCCAAAAGAUCAACAAAAGCUCUUUGAUCCGCUAUGUUGGAUCCCACCUUGUCCAAAUGAGCCUUUCCCUCAGGGACAUGUUCCGCCACCACUAUUGGAGGCGUGGAACAAUGCUGUUCAGCAACGCCAUCGGGAUGCGGAACCAUCUAGGGCGGCCUCGGAGCGACCCGUCAGCCCAAGCCAAGAAAGCGACCAUGAAUCGAUUGCAAGUAGCUCAAGUGAGGAAAGUAGCUCAAGUGAGGAGGAAAUAUUUCCCUGGGAUUCCAGUCCGGACCGAGCGCCGCCCUCUCGCGUCAAUGGUCUUCCACCGUCCAGUCCUGUGCUACGACCGACCUCUAUUAGAAGUCCAAAGCGCAGAGCAUUGGAUGAUGGGGGCACCUUGAUGGAUACCGAUGGCUUGGCUGUAGCCUCACAGUCUGAAAUAAACUUCAAUGAACUUCCUCGGAAUGUGACAACCCCAGGCCGACAAUCUGAAGAGGUGAGGAAGGCUAAAGAAGCGGAAGAGAAAAGGCUUCAGCGACUGCAAGAUGAAGAAUUGGAGUACCAAGCGAUUGAACAUGCAAGGCUUCAGCUACAAGAAGAGGAGAAAAAGGCAAAACAAGCAAUGGAAGAGAAAAGACUUCAACUCGAAGAGAAAAAGGCUAAAGAAGCAGAAGAGAAAAGGCUUCAACGACUAGAAGAGGAGAGAAAGGCAAAGCAAGCAAUGGAGGCGAAAAGACUUCAGCUGGAAGAGAAAAGGGCUAGAGAAGCGGAAGAGAAAAAGCUUGAGCGACUGCAAGAUGAAGAAACCGAGAAAGAAGCGAUUGGACAUGCAAGGCUUCAGCGACUAGAAGACGAGAAAAAUGCAAGACAAGAAAGGGAAGAAAGAAUGCGCCUGAAGCUUGCGGCUCUGGGACCACCUCCAGAUAAAAAACGCCAAAGUCACGGCUCCCAGGCGACCGCACCACACAAAUCCCCCAAGAUUCCUUCUUCCCCCCGAGCCGGUUCAUCGAAUCGAACUCCCCAUCGACGCUCGCCAUCACAUAGGGGAGAAAUGAAUCCUCCACCACUAUCCCAGAUGAAUGGUACUCCAGCACCAAAUCAAGAAAAGGGCCGAAGGUCGUCCACAUCUCCUAUCAAUCCAGUUCCCGCUGAAGAAGAUGACUCAGAUGAUGAAUCUGUCAUGGAUACAUCUGUGCCCUUUGCACUCGGUGAACCCAUUCCAGACCCCACGCAAUCUAGUCUGGUGGAAGAGGAACUGACCAGCUCGGGUCUAUCGCUUCCAGGAGCCAGCAAUGAAUGCAUCCAGGUUGCUGUGACCCCGAUGGUGGACACCAGUCGGUUGCAUCGCGACAGAGUGGAUAAAAGCCCAACCCAGUUUGAGCGUUCUGAUGGGAACCAAGGCUCUUCACAAGGUCAUAAAUCAUCUUCUCAGUCCCGUAUCCUCAAUACAUAUCCUUUCAGUAACAGCCACGAAGAUAUGCAAUCCAGUUCAAACCCCGAUGAGCCUAGUCAAGACAGGCCAAUUCAGGUGGAUGUUCCUCUCACUCAGCCGCAAGCCAGCAGUAUGGCUUCACAAUCUCAAUCCCAAUCUCAACCUCGAGACAUACUGAAUCAAUCGCAGCCGGAGAUUGUCCUAGAUUCUUCAGGACCGGCACAACGCCACCAGGACUUUUCUCUUGCCGCUACACAACGAUCGCCUCUACAAAUUGUAUUGACCAGUCCUCAGCAUUCCAGCCAACUUUCUCCAAACAAAGAGACACAAUUUUCCACGUCGGACAAACACUCCUCCGAUAACCCUCUUACUUCUCCUGAAGUCGCCUUGACACAAUCAGCAGAAGGUGCAAGGAAUGAACAAAGCCCGAGCCCUCAGUCUAGGGAGCAAGCACAAGAUACUGAACCCCCAAUGGAUCCAACAGCCAAUACCCAGAGUGCCCAGCUGCUUGCUCGUAGACAGGGCUUCAUCAGCAAUGCAGGGUCAAAAAUCCAGGCCCAGGAUGUCUACAGGCAGUUCUGCAGCUACUAUUCAUCCUAUGGGGGAGAUUUUGAUCACUUCACAUUGCUAUGCCGGAAGCUCCAUGCGUUCAGACAACAAGGGAAACUUCCACGAUCAUUCCUGUGGGAUGACUUUAUCAUCAUGCAUCUUCAAAGCUAUCCUCGUUACCUCGAAGAGCAUGUAUCUCAGGAUUCGAAUAGCAUGAGCUAUGAGGAUUAUUUCCUAGCGAAUUUCUCGUCUCCUUUCCAUAAGAAGCGCAGUCUUACAGCUCAGGGGAUUGAAGCAGUCGCGUCACAGCCCAUUGUUGAUGCAACCCUGAGUUCGCCAUGUCCACCAAGUCCUCCACGACGUUCACCCAUGGACGUUUCUUUUACUGGGAGUUUGGUAGACAAAUUUAAUAACUUCCAUACCCAAUCAUUCAACGGCUUGCAGUAUGAUCUUCUUCCCGUGCUUCCUAGCGGGUUAGAGGCUCCAACCUCAUCUCCCGAGCCAAUCAAGCUUGAAGGAGGCGAGGAAAGUUUAUUUGACUUUAUGAAUACGGAGAUAUCCCGCCCGGUUCCCCGUAGCGAAAAACGAACGGUCCCUCGCGAAGGAAUCAGGGAGCCAGAUCCAGAACCCGCUACCCAGUCCUCACCCAGACCAUUGAUUCCAGAAGCGAUGGACAAAGAAACGAUUGAAAUUCCCGAGACCGAACCAGAAGACAACGAUCAAGAGGAACAGGAUGACGACACAAUCCACGAAACGGCGAGUGUUGAAUUAGGCGAUGAAUCAUUCAUCUCUUCAACAAGAGCCCACUCCCGUGCAGAGGAAAGGCCAGCUGAAGAAAGGCCAGCUGAGACUGCUGCCGUUGCUUCCCCAGCUCCAGAGGAUCAUGUGCCAGAAAGUGAAAGCGAGAACUGGUUCGAUUCGCUUCGCCAUCUGCGUCCUAAAAAGGGUGUUUGGUGUGACGGUCCAACGGAGUUCAAGCGCUGGGCAGAAGAUUACCAGAACAUGAACGUCGAUCGUGAUCGUCGCGGAGGUGCUAAAAUCCAGUUAGAUGAGAAUGGGGUGAUUCGCCGACCUAAGUUUCCUUGA